AUGUCAGCCAGCUCAGAGAUCGAACUGCCAAGGGACUCGCAACCAGGAAUUGAGAACUUAGGUCAUAGCACGGGAAUAGCAGCAUUCCCGGAUGUUGACUCUCGACAAAGUUCUAACCCCGCUUUCAGCAGUACCAAAGACCUGGAGAACGAGAAGUUCGACGAGCAAGAGGGGGACUUGACCGACAACGACCGUCCUGUUGAUGCCAGCACUGAAGAAAUUGUAUGGAGGUACCUGACCUUCGAGACGGAGCUUCCGCAUCCGACCAAUUUGCUUCCGUCAAUACAUCCGACGACGGGUAACGAUCACGGACCACCUCCCGAACCGCCAAACCUUGUGAAAUACACAAACCCAUUCGAUUGGUCUGAAAAGAGGAAGAACUUUACAAUAUGGGUCGCGUGUGCCAUCACGGCCCUGACGGCCUAUGCUGCAGGAUCGUACAGUCCAGGCGUUGCGCAGAUGUCAGCGGAAUGGGGCGUUAGUAAUGUUGCUGUCCUAGUCGGUAUCACCACAUUCACAUCAGGGUUUGCUGUUGCACCUAUGGUUCUGGCCCCAUUCUCCGAGAUCAAUGGCCGGCGUCCAGUGUUCCUCGCCUCUGGCAUUCUGUUCGUCAUCUGCCAACUAUGCACUGGCUUUACGCAUUCAUAUGCAGGUAUGCUCGUCGUUCGCUUCCUAGUUGGAGUAGGCGGCUCUACUUUCUCGACAAUGGUAGGAGGUGUUGUGUCUGACAUCUAUCAUGCCCAGGACCGCAAUACACCAAUGGCCCUUUUCUCCGGGGCUGCACUCUUCGGCACAGGUUGGGGUCCUUUAGUUUCUGGAUUCGUCGCGCAGAACUUGUCCUGGAGAUGGAUAUUUUAUAUUCAGACUAUCGUGAAUGCCAUCAUGGUCGUUAUCAUUUGCUUGGUCUUCAAAGAAACAAGAGGCUCCGUACUCCUUUCGAAGAAAGCAAAAGCACUCAACAAGUGGUACGAUGAGCUAGAAGCAGCAGGCUACUACGGCUUCAACAUGUCCAAUCCAGAGAAACCGCAAGCCACAAUAUCUCGACAUAUUCGCUGGAGGGUCAAGUCUGACGAAGAACGUGCCUCGCUCAAAACCAUGGUUGGCGUUUCCCUCUACCGGCCUUUCCACCUCCUUUUCACCGAACCCGUCGUUUUCUGGUUUUCUCUCUGGGUGGCUUUCUCCUGGGCUGUUCUGUAUCUAACACUGGCUGCCAUUCCCCUCGUCUUCCAGAACAGCCACGGCUUCUCUCUGCAACAAGCCAACGCCGUCUUCGCAGCGAUGUGCGUGGGUGCACUGAUCGCAAGCGUGCUGUCCAUCUACCAAGAAAAGCUUGCACGGAAGCACGGUAAGCUCAUCAACACGCCCGAGGGACGGCUGUAUUUCGCUUGCGUGGAGAGCGCGUGUAUGCCGAUUGGCUUGUUCAUGUUUGGUUGGACCAGUGGUCCGAGCAUACACUGGAUCGUACCUACGAUCGCUGUGGCCAUUGCUACCAUUGGCAUCUUCACUAUCUAUCUUAGCGUGUUCAACUACCUCGCCGAUACGUAUCAUCGAUAUGCUAGCUCGGCGCUCGCGGCGCAGUCUUUCUGCAGAAACAUCCUUGGUGGUAUUUUCCCUCUCAUCACCACGCAAAUGUACAACAAGCUUGGCUACGGCCCGGCGAGCAGCUUGCUGGGUGGCAUUGGCACAUUACUUACAAUCGUGCCGUGGAUCCUUGUCUUCUAUGGCCCAAAAAUCAGGGCGAGAAGCAAGUUCGCGAGUGAGAUCAUGAACACAUGA